UGGAGGGUGAAGGUCUAGGUCGCAUCCUCCAGCGGUUUCCUGAGAAAGACUGGGAGGACAGCCCGUUCCCACAAGGCAUAGAGCUGUUCUGUCAGCCCAGCGGUUGGCAGCUGGUUCCCGAGCGGCGGCCCGCCUCCUUCUUCGUGGCGGUUUUGACCGACAUCAACUCGGAGCGCCACUACUGCGCCUGCUUCACCUUCUGGGAGGGCCUGGACAACCCCCAGCUGCAGAAGGCCAAGGCCAGCGAGGCGGACGAGGUGGACGGGGGACUCGCCGUCGCCCAAUCCGCUCAGGUCUUCGCCCCCAAGAGCCUGGUGCUGGUCUCCCGGCUGGACUACACCGAGGUCUUCAGGAACUGUCUGAGUCUGAUCUACACCGUCCACGUCGACGGGCUGUCUGUCCCCUUGGAAACGGUGAUCGGAAACCUCCUCACGUGCAUCAUCCCCGUCGCCGGAGGCUCCCAG